AUUGACGCUCCGCGGUUCACGACGGAUGAAGACAGCGGAGAGUGGACAUGUCAAAGAGACGCUGAUGUAAAAGAGACAGCCACGGUAGUGGCGCGGGGACGUCUGCUAUUAGAGAAUGCCACUGCAAUCAAAUGUCACGCGUGCAUUAGCUCAUAGCAGUAAACACGUUUUUGUGCCGCUUGUUAUGUGUCUAGUUUUUAACCUUGAAUCAUAAUUUUGGGCCUAUAUUCAGCUCCCGCGAUUAAUUAGAAAAUGCCUCUUGUACAGAAUCAACAAGCCGGAAUAAUUUUGACAGAAACUCCUAUAGGUACGGUAUGUGUGCGCGAGGUCAACGGCAUGGUUGCAGGAAAAAAGAUAGGCUACUUGGUGCAAUAUAUGUUUGUCUGUAGCGUAUUAGCUAGUAUGGCUACUGUAGGUUACGCUGACUGUUUUUCUUUGUGUGCUGUUGUCAAAAUCCUGAAGAAAGGUACAAUUUGUCACAUUGUCAGGAUAAAUAGAUAGGAUGUAAUACUAUCUCUGUGGGAAUGAAAUGUGUUUGACACGAGCAGGUCAGUGCUUGAUUAAUAUGGGAAAGCCGCUAGUUUACAUUAAGUAUUUUCAGUUCUUCCUGCUCGGCCACUGCAGGUGUAGCCAGGCAGCAUUAGAUACAAUCGUUGGCGAUUCUGUUUUUGUUACUUUGCCAACAACAUUCACACACCCACGGCACGGUUAUAUUGUAUUUGUGUUUCUUACAAAGUAGUUCUAUAAGAUGUUAUUACCAUGCAAUCAUUAAUUAAUUACAUGGUUAUAACAACACGUGCACCUGAUUCUACAUCAGACAAUUCGAGCGCUUGGACUAUAAGGUUCUAUCUGGAUUUUUGUCGAAAUGUAGUUAUUGACAUAGCCUUGUUCAGUUCAAUUCUCUACCUAUAUAGCACUCUAAAUACCCCAAUUCAUGUUCUUAAGUACAAAAGAAUACUAGAUAAAGCCAAUUACCUCAGAAUCAGAAACCUUAUAGUCCUCUCGAAUUGUUGAUAUCACGAAAAUCACCAUUAGGCCUAUAAAAUCAAAAGUAGGAUCCAACAAGGCCCAGUAUUAUCAAAAUGUAUGCUACCAUGCAUCAUCAACAUAUAAUCGAUCAUGUUAAUAAUGAGAAGCAAAUUAUCAAUGUCAAGAUGAUAAAAUAUCUCAACUACACAUGCAUGCAUUUUUAAUGGAAUGGAGCGAGGGGAACAACAUGGUUAGUUUAAUCAAGGCCUUAGAUUCCUUGGUUUAUUACACAGCUAACCAUAAUACACUGCUAUUGAUAUUUACCUAUCAGUUGAAGAGGCGUGUGUUAUGACAAACACAGGAAUACUACUGUCAAAAACUAUAUUUUAGUACUUUGUUAAUUACAUCACUGUUAAUACAAUCCCAAAAAAGUGUCAGAGGCAGCAGUCAGGUUUUCAAGAGCACUUUCAGUACCAAGCAAAAACAGAUAUGAUGAUCUGUUUAAACUACCUGAAUAUUGAGGGUAUAUACAUGUAUAUUGAAGGUAUAUAGAGGUAUAUUGAGGGUAUAUAGAGGUAUAUUGUUGGUAUAUAGAGGAAUAUUGAAGGGAUAUAGAGGUAUACUGAGGGUAUAUAGAGGUAUAUUGAAGGGAUAUACAGGUAUAUUGAGGGGAUAUCCACGUAUAUUGAGGGUAUAUACAGGUAUAUUGUCUAACACUGUGUACAGUGGGGAAAAAAAGUAUUUAGUCAGCCACCAAUUGUGCAAGUUCUCCCACUUAAAAAGAUGAGAGAGGCCUGUAAUUUUCAUCAUAGGUACACGUCAACUAUGACAGACAAAUUGAGAGAGAAAAAUCCAGAAAAUCACAUUGUAGGAUUUUUAAUGAAUUUAUUUGCAAAUUAUGGUGGAAAAUAAGUAUUUGGUCACCUACAAACAAGCAAGAUUUCUGGCUCUCACAGACCUGUAACUUCUUCUUUAAGAGGCUCCUCUGUCCUCCACUCGUUACCUGUAUUAAUGGCACCUGUUUGAACUUGUUAUCAGUAUAAAAGACACCUGUCCACAACCUCAAACAGUCACACUCCAAACUCCACUAUGGCCAAGACCAAAGAGCUGUCAAAGGACACCAGAAACACAAUUGUAGACCUGCACCAGGCUGGGAAGACUGAAUCUGCAAUAGGUAAGCAGCUUGGUUUGAAGAAAUCAACUGUGGGAGCAAUUAUUAGGAAAUGGAAGACAUACAAGACCACUGAUAAUCUCCCUCGAUCUGGGGCUCCACACAAGAUCUCACCCCGUGGGGUCAAAAUGAUCACAAGAACAGUGAGACCGAAGUAACAAAGCCUACCAUCAGUAACACACUACGCCGCUAGGGACUCAAAUCCUGCAGUGCCAGAUGUGUCCCCCUGCUUAAGCCAGUACAUGUCCAGGCCCGUCUGAAGUUUGCUUGAGUGCAUUUGGAUGAUCCAGAAGAGGAUUGGGAGAAUGUCAUAUGGUCAGAUGAAACCAAAAUAUAACUUUUUGGUAAAAACUCAACUCGUCGUGUUUGGAGGACAAAGAAUGCUGAGUUGCAUCCAAAGAACACCAUACCUACUGUGAAGCAUGGGGGUGGGAACAUCAUGCUUUGGGGCUGUAUUUCUGCAAAGGGACCAGGAUGACUGAUCCGUGUAAAGGAAAGAAUGAAUGGGGCCAUGUAUCGUGAGAUUUUGAGUGAAAACCUCCUUCCAUCAGCAAGGGUAUUGAAGAUGAAACGUGGCUGGGUCUUUCAGCAUGACAAUGAUCCCAAACACACCACCCGGGCAACGAAGGAGUGGCUUCGUAAGAAGCAUUUCAAGGUCCUGGAGUGGCCUAGCCAGUCUCCAGAUCUCAACCCCAUAGAAUAUCUUUGAAGGGAGUUGAAAGUCUGUGUUGCCCAGCGACAGCCCCAAAACAUCACUGCUCUAGAGGAGAUCUGCAUGGAGGAAUGGGCCAAAAUACCAGCAACAGUGUGUGAAAACCUUGUGAAGACUUACAGAAAACGUUUGACCUGUGUCAUUGCCAACAAAGGGUAUAUAACAAAGUAUUGAGAAACUUUUGUUAUUGACCAAAUACUUAUUUUCCACCAUAAUUUGCAAAAAAAUUCAUUAAAAAUCCUACAAAGUGAUUUUCUGGAAAAAAAAUUCUCAUUUGGUCUGUCAUAGUUGACGUGUACCUAUGAUGAAAAUUACAGGCCUCUCAUCUUUUUAAGUGGGAGAACUUGCACAAUUGGUGGCUGACUAAAUACUUUUUUUCCCCACUGUAUGUCUUCCAGGAUCAUUCAAACAGAGGAAACGGAAGUCCAUCAUGGUCGCUAUGAUGUUGCUCAUUGUGUCUGUACUCAUCCUUAUCUUUGGACUGGCAGCCACCACCAGGACACAGAACAUCACCGUCGGUGGCUACUACCCUGGAGUCAUUGUAAGUAGCAGUCUAACAUCUUACUGUCUUAGAGACAUGUCAUACCUCAACGAAAAGAGGAUAACACUACGAAUGCAUUUUGAUGCAGUUAUAAUGCAUCACAAGACUUGUCAUGAGUAUUUGACCCUCUUUUAAUGGCUUAUAAUCAUCUCGAUCCUGACUAAAUACCAGCCAUUUUGAAACAGUUGAAAUGUUGAUACACAGAGUGACAUAACAUAUUAAAAGCUUGAUUCUUAUAAUACAUUAUAAAUAUUUUAUACAUGCUUAUACUUGUAUAAUUAAAUAAUUAUACAAGUUAUAAACAAGAAAUUCCGUCACAGGAAAAAUAAAUGUAUUAGUUACUAUUCCAUUCUAUUCUACUCUAUUCUGUUCUACUCUAUUCUAUUCUACUCUAAAGCGCGUUAUGCCUGCAGACUUUAAGUAACUUUAUGUGUUGCCGAAAGGAGUACUGCAUACCAUCCAGGGUAAUAUGCUCUGGCUGAUGUAAGCUCUCUUUUAGAUGCUUUUGAGUGCUAAUUUAUGAUGGACUCUCAGAGGGUGGCAUUUCCCCCACAUUCAUUAUUUAGCAUUGUUGUCAUUAGAGGCUGAAACAUGUACUCAUCAUCCAUAAAUUGGCUUCAGAGACCCCUUCUAUAUAACCCUCAGCAUUCUGCCUCAGGAGAAAGCAACAGUGGUGAUCCUAUAGAGCUUAUGUUAUUAUAUUGUAAGCCUUAUUCUAAGACAUUAUAAAGACUCAUGCAUGCUUAUAACAAGUUAUAAAGAAGAAGCUCCCUAACAGGAAAAAUACAUUUCCUCUGUUUUAUUCUAUUCAGUGUGGAUGAUGAUUAGGCUGUCUCUAAGAAUAAAUCAUCUAUGGUCAUUCAUCUGAAGAAAGACCAGUGAAUCAUAUUUCAGAUACAAUAAUAGGCCAGGUAUUUAAGAACCGUAUUGGCUAGGAUAGAUCAAGAAAAUGUUAUUGUGAACUUGUGUGAAUAGAGCUGAGACUGGAUGUACUUCCACCACAUUCAUCUUACUGGGUGAUCAAUAUCACGAUCAUAGAUAUGGGCCCUGUUCGAAUACUUCAGAAAUGCAUCCUUCCUUACCUUCCUACCAGUGAUGUAGCGGUAAGAAAUAGGUGGGUAAACUCUGAUCACCGGUCGUGGUGAAAAAAGUAACACUCACUAUACUUUGAAUGGCUUUUUCCGCAAAAGGUGGGUAAACUGUUACAGAUCUGUGAUUACUUCCAUGAAGUAAUCACCGAUCUGAAUUUGUUUAAUUGAUGAAAGUAAUAAGGUGGUGAUCUUGAACACUUACCUCAAGGAAACAAGGAAGGAAGGAUGCAUUUCUACAGUAUUUGAACAGGGCCAUUUUAUUAUUUCUGGGGAAAGGUCAUUUGGGUGAACCGAAUGGAAGGGCCACUUCCUGAUCCUGAGGGUCUCACAGAAGUGAAGUGUUGUGUUGUAAUUGCUGUUGAUCUCUAUUACCGUUCAAAUGAAUUUCCUAUUUAGUCCAGUUCCACUGGCGCCCUAACAACAGUCUGCUCUUUUUUCAGCUGGGCUUUGGCUCCUUUCUGGGAAUCAUCGGAGCCCAUUUGAUAGAAAACAAGAGGCAGAUGGUAAGAGGAUUAUAUUACGCCUGCACUUCCGUAUCAGUUUCUAUGCUACGGCUCUAUAUCUCUCUGCAGACAUACACCACCAAUAACCUAAUUCAAUUCUUCAAGCUGCAUUCACUUGACAUAGACAAAAUCCAAAUUGCGGUCUUCAUGUGGCAUGGGCACACAACCACAGCUACCUUCUCUAGCAGAAUGUCACAGUUGGCUCACAGGGGUUUUAGCGUGGCUAUCAGAACAUAGUUCCUAGGCCUUCUUGUGAGAUGCACCCAGAAAUAGACAUGUGUAAGAGGAGGAGGACAGAUGUCCACGCAGGAAUGUAGAGAAGGAACUGCAGAUGAAGGGUGGUGCCAGGGGCAUAGCCACUCCCCAUAGCCACUCCCCAUAGCUCCCGAAAUGAAGAAUGAGUGUGUAGCGUGACAGCCUUAACACACAGAAACUACAGGGGGAGUGGCUAUGGGGAGUGGCUGGACGACCGGGAGACCCAUGGGGCGGCGCACAAUUGGCCCAGCGUCGUCCAGGGUAGGGGAGGGAAUGGCCGGCAGGGAUGUAUCUCAGUUGGUAGAGCAUGGCGUUUGCAACGCCAGGGUUGUGGGUUCGAUUCCCACGGGGGGGCCAGUAUGAAGAAAGAAAAAAAAAUGUAUGCACUAACUGUAAGUCGCUCUGGAUAAGAGCGUCUGCUAAAUGACUAAAAUGUAAAUGUAAAAUGAUACAGUGGAGCUGUUGCCACCCUAGUGCAUUCAUCCCACAUAAUACAGUGGAGCUGUUGCCACCCUAGUGCAUUCAUCCCACAUAAUACAGUGGAGCUGUUGCCACCCUAGUGCAUUCAUCCCACAUAAUACAGUGGAGCUGUUGCCACCCUAGUGCAUUCAUCCCACAUAAUACAGUGGAGCUGUUGCCCAAAAACAACAUAUGGAUAUAUCCGGCACCAUCCACACAUGUAUACAUGAUUUUAGAGAAUGUCAACAUUUGGAAAUAUUGUUGUUGUUGAUGUUGCCAAGCAUAGAUGGAAUAGAUUCCCAUGGAAGGAAUCUUGGCUCAGAGACAAGUCCCUGCAGUUGCUGGUAGCUUUUGAAUGUGUGGUGUCACUGGCUACUGCUUCCUUCCUAUCCUCUCCUCCCAGGGAGGGCUGUAGAGUGUUGUAAAAAGGAUGGGGUGAUGUGUCAUUGAAUACAUGCUGUCUUACUUUGAGGAGUGAAAGGACUUGAGGGUGAGGGUAGCGGUGCCUGAAAAGAGCUGGGCAACUUGCCACGUGGGGCGGGCAUCGCAGGACCUAGGUGACAGUGAGAGCACUCUAUCACUGUUGUCCUCUACCCACCCCCAAUAUACACCCCCACCCUCUCCCCUCACCAGGAACAUUCAUACUCACACACCCAGGGCACGCUGCGUUCUCAAUGACUUGGUUUACACAUGUCCUCACACGCUCAUAUACGAACACACGCACAUAUGCAAGAACACAUUUCAUGUGCGCAUACACACACACAUCAUGCACACACACACAUGCUGUAGUAGAUCAUACAUAAUGUAGUAGAUAAUACAUAAUGUAGUAGAUAAUACAUACUGUAGUAGAUAAUACAUAAUGUAGUAGAUAAUUCAUAAUGUAGUAGAUAAUACUGUAGUAGAUGAAACAUAAUGUAGUAGAUAAUACUGUAGUAGAUAAUACAUAAUGUAGUAGAUCAUUCAUAAUGUAGUAGAUAAUACUGUAGUAGAUAAUACAUAAUGUAGUAGAUAAUACAUACUGUAUUAGAUAAUACUGUUGUAGAUAAUACAUAAUGUAGUAGAUAAUUCAUAAUGUAGUAGAUAAUACAUACUGUAGUAGAUAAUACAUACUGUAGUAGAUAAUACAUAAUGUAGUAGAUAAUUCAUACUGUAGUAGAUAAUACUGUAGUAGAUAAUACAUAAUGUAGUAGAUAAUACAAAAUGUAGUAAAUAAUACUGUAGUAGAUAAUACAUAAUGUAGUAGAUAAUACAUAAUGUAGUAGAUAAUACUGUAGUAGAUAAUACAUAAUGUAGUAGAUAAUACAUAAUGUAGUAAAUAAUACUGUAGUAGAUAAUACAUAAUGUAGUAGAUAAUACAUAAUGUAGUAGAUAAUACUGUAGUAGAUAAUACAUAAUGUAGUAGUUAAUAUUAACAACACGGAGUGCCUGGAUACAGCCCGUUGUCGUGGUAUAUUGGCAAUAUACCACAAACACCAGAGGUGCCUUAUUGCUAUUAUAAACUGGUUACCAACUUAAUUAGAGCAGGAAAAAUAAAUGUUUUGUCAUACCCAUGGUAUAAGGGCUGAUAUACCACGGCUUUCAGCCAAUCAGCGUUCAGGGGCUUGAACCACCCAGUUUAUAAAAUGUAUUAUACAACGGUGGGUCUAAUCCUGAAUGCUGAUUGGUUAAAACCGCAUUCCAGACGGUUUCUAUUUAAGUGAUAAUGCCAGAGAAGCCGGUGUUUGGAGGAUAUAUUGGCACGGGUGUUGUUAGGCCCAAGACAAAGUCGAGGGCUGGCAAACCGUGCCAAUAGAUCCUCCAAACACCGACUUCGAGGGCAUUAUCACUUUUAUACAACAGGUUACCAACAUAUUCAAAUAAUGAUUGACAUAUUUUCAUUAAAAACUAUUUCAUCCUUCCACAAGAUAUAGUCCCGACACAAAUCUAGGGUUGCUACCCAAGCCGGCUGGUCGUUCAUUCUAUCGGUUCGGUUGCUAGAGACGCGAGCAACAUAGUCGUUCAGUCUUUUUGGUCUGUAUCCAGUUGUUCGCUCUAAAUGUUUCAUUGCCAUACUGGCUGGCAACGUUUUUAUCCCUUGCUUGCUAGCUAGCCAACUACGGCUAACUUACAGUCACGUCAAAAAGUGCAGUCAGAAAAACAGCAAAGUAGCCGGAUUUGCAUUUGGUUUAAGCUGUUUUCUAGUGACAUUUAUUUACCAACAACAAAUCUAACACAUUCACUUCAAACUGAAGCUGGAAAGACUGCAUACUAGCUGCACGUUUCAUUUGUACCUUUUUUCAAUUGACAUUUCUUUGAAUACUGUAUAUCCAUAAAAAUGAUGCCAGCUGAUUCAUGAUUUCGGCUGGCUGAGAAACGCUGCCUGCCUGUCUGACUGUCUCUUCCCGACUCCCGACACGUUCAUUACUAUGGGACAACUGGAGAUCGAAUUUGAAUAUUGGAACAAUGUUGCAAAUGUCAGAGAGACAGACAGCAAGGUUUAUACAAAUCUCCGCUGUUGAAAACUAAAUGUUUGUUUAAAAGAAAUGUGAGAUAAUGUCUCGAUGCUUUUUAUAGUGGAGCUCAAGUUUAUAAAUUGCUUGGCUGGGAUGAUGAGAAAGUGGAUUGCACAGUCAGAUGGAACAGAGUAAAUAGGCAUUUUAACGUCAUAGAUUUAGCCGGUGGUCAUUUGUGUAAUAGACACCGGUUGGAAUGCGGUUUUAACCAAUCAGCAUUCAGGAUUAGACCCACCUGUUGUAUAAUCCACAAAUUACCACCGGCUAAAGAAAAGGUAUAAUCUUCGUAAAUGAUAUCAUAGGUAGGACUGGUGGAGUUAUGUCGCACAUGUUCCUAACAAAAACAUAUGGAAAUGUCUGCUCUACCCAAAAUUACAACCAAAUAAUUGCAGUAUUACCGCAAAAAUGGAAGAGGAAAGUGGAAGGGGGAAAAAGUAAGGAACUUGUCUGUCGGCCCUGCAUUAAAGAACAUAAUUGGUUAAAGAAAAUUGUGAUACAUAAAAACGUAUACCAGUUUCAUUUAAGGACCAAAGGAUUGACAGCCAUCCCAUAUAGAUUGCAAAAUAGUUGGGAAGAGAUAUUUGACGUAACGAUUCCAUGGCAUAGUGUUUAUGAACGGAUACGCAAAACGACACCAGAUUCAAAACUUAGAAUUUUUCAAUUUAAAUUAUAAUACAAAAUUCUUGCUACAAAUAGAAUGUUAUUUAUAUGGGGGAUGCAAUCUUCCCAGUUCUGCAGAUUUUGCUGCGAAGAGACAGAAUCAUUCGAUCAUUUGUUUUGGUACUGUCCAUUUGUAGCUUGUUUUUGGACACAGGUCCAGGAAUGGCUGAAGGAUUGCAAUAUUUACCUGGAGCUAACCCUGCAGAUAGCAUUACUGGGUGAUCUGAAAAGUCAUAGUCAAUCGAUCAAUAAUAUAAUAAUACUUUUAACAAAAAUGUUUAUUUUCAAUUUACAAUCUGUAGAAACAAUGAGAAUAAAAGGGUUCAGAACUUUUGUGAAACAUCACAGUACAGUUGAAAAAUAUAUGGCAAAUAGAAAUCCAAUAUGGAUGGUGUUAAGAGAUAGAUGGGAGGUGUUGAAUGGAGCUGAAGGAUGGGACUAAUAACAACUAACAACAACUAAUAACAACAAGAUAACUAAUGUAAAGCAUACUGUGUCCAUAAUAAGUAUAUAGGUUAUAGGUUGAGAGCUUUUGUGAAAGAGCACAGUUAGAAAGAUAUGGCAUAUAGAAGCAAACAGGAUGGACAUCAUGAAAAUGAUCGGAGAGGUUGAGGGUAGAGGAAGUUCAGGAGUAAAAACAAACAAAAUAGAAUUAUUGUAAAAUUGACUGUGUCCAUAAAAUGUAUAUAGUAUGUAUAAGCUGGAAGUAGAGGCCUAAGCAUUGUUGUUCACUAGUUUACUCCAAUUAGGGAAGGGGUGGUGGGGUUGGAAAGUAAUAAAGGGAAAUAUAUGUUUUUUUAAAGGAUAUGUAUAUAUAUACACUGCUCAAAAAAAUAAAGGGAACACUAAAAUAACACAUCCUAGAUCUGAAUGAAUGAAAUAAUCUUAUUAAAUACUUUUUUCUUUACAUAGUUGAAUGAGCUGACAACAAAAUCACACAAAAAUUAUCAAUCGAAAUCAAAUGUAUCAACCCAUGGAGGUCUGGAUUUGGAGUCACCCUCAAAAUUAAAGUGGAAAACCACACUACAGGCUGAUCCAACUUUGAUGUAAUGUCCUUAAAACAAGUCAAAAUGAGGCUCAGUAGUGUGUGUGGCCUCCACAUGCCUGUAUGACCUCCCUACAACGCCUGGGCAUGCUCCUGAUGAGGUGGCGGAUGGUCUCCUGAGGGAUCUCCUCCCAGACCUGGACUAAAGCAUCCACCAACUCCUGGACAGUCUGUGGUGCAACGUGGCGUUGGUGGAUGGAGCGAGACAUGAUGUCCCAGAUGUGCUCAAUUGGAUUCAGGUCUGGGGAACGGGCAGGCCAGUCCAUAGCAUCAAUGCCUUCCUCUUGCAGGAACUGCUGACACACUCCAGCCACAUGAGGUCUAGCAUUGUCUUGCAUUAGGAGGAACCCAGGGCCAACCGCACCAGCAUAUGGUCUCACAAGGGGUCUGAGGAUCUCAUCUCGGUACCUAAUGGCAGUCAGGCUACCUCUGGUGAGCACAUGGAGGGCUGUGCGGCCCCCCAGAGAAAUGCCACCCCACACCAUGACUGACCCACCGCCAAACCGGUCAUGCUGGAGGAUGUUGCAGGCAGCAGAACGUUCUCCACGGCGUCUCCAGACACUGUCACGUCUGUCACGUGCUCAGUGUGAACUUGCUUUCAUCUGUGAAGAGCACAGGGCGCCAGUGGCGAAUUUGCCAAUCUUGGUGUUCUCUGGCAAAUGCCAAACGUCCUGCACGGUGUUGGGCUGUAAGCACAACCCCCACCUGUGGACGUCGGGCCCUCAUACCACCCUCAUGGAGUCUUUUUCUGACCGUUUGAGCAGACACAUGCACAUUUGUGGCCUGCUGGAGGUCAUUUUGCAGGGCUCUGGCAGUGCUCCUCCUGCUCCUCCUUGCACAAAGGCGGAGGUAGCAGUCCUGCAGCUGGGUUGUUGCCCUCCUACGGCCUCCUCCACGUCUCCUGAUGUACUGGCCUGUCUCCUGGUAGCGCCUCCAUGCUCUGGACACUACGCUGACAGACACAGCAAACCUUCUUGCCACAGCUCGCAUUGAUGUGCCAUCCUGGAUGAGCUGCACUACCUGAGCCACUUGUGUGGGUUGUAGACUCCGUCUCAUGCUACCACUAGAGUGAAAGCCCUGCCAGCAUUCAAAAGUGACCAAAACAUCAGCCAGGAAGCAUAGGAACUGAGAAGUGGUCUGUGGUCACCACCUGCAAAACCAGUCCUUUAUUGGGGCUGUCUUGCUAAUUGCCUAUAAUUUCCACCUGUUGUCUAUUCCAUUUGCACAACAGCAUGUGAAAUGUAUUGUCAAUCAGUGUUGCUUCCUAAGUGGACAGUUUGAUUUCACAGAAGUGUGAUUGACUUGGAGUUACAUUGUGUUGUUUAAGUGUUCCCUUAAUUUUUUUGAGCAGUGUAUGUAUGUAUAUGUAUUUAUAUGUGUGUAUGUGUAUAUAUAUGUGUAUAUAUGUAUAUAUAUAUAUAUAUAUAUAUAUAUAUAUAUAUAUAUAUUUGCGAGAAGAAAACAAACAUGGGGGAUUGGAAGUGAUGCAAUUACAUUGAUUGAAGUUACAAUCUAUCUGCAAUAUUAAAGCUGAUCUACCUCCUAUAAUUAACACAAAGAAGAAAAAAAAAGGUCAAACGAAACGAAGUGCAGCCAGUUUGCAGUCUUUCCAGCUUCAGUUUGAAGUGAUUGUGUUAGCUGUGUUGUUGGCUAGCUCCUCUGAAUGUCACGCCCUGGCUCUAGGGACUCUUUUAAGUUGAGCCAGGGUGUGUAGAGUUUAUGUUUUGUGCUUGUUGUGUCUAGUCUAGUUUUUGUAUAUCUAUGUUGGCCAGAGUGGUUCUCAAUCAGAGGCAACGAGUAUCAGCUGUUGCUGGUUGUCUCUGAUUGGGAACCAUAUUUAGUCAGGUGGUUUUCCCACAGUGUUUGUGGGAUCUUGUUCCGUGUUGGUUUGUGUUUUGCACCUGUGGACGUCACGUAUCGAUUUGUUGUUUUGUUCGUGUAUCAUUUAAUAAAUAAGUAUGUUCACCUUCCACGCUGCGCCUUGGUCCUCUAUAUCCGACGAUCGUGACAGAAGAUCCCACCAAUACAGGACCAAGCAGCGUGCCCAGGCAGGAGAGGAGAAGCGGCACCAACCGGGCAGUCGUCGGACAGGCGAGGGGCACCCCCAAGAAAUGUUUAGGGGAGGGCACAUGGCAGGGACGACGGGGCCACUGGAGGCAGAUAAGGGGCGAGUUGGUGGACGAGGAGAGAAGGCCACCGGGUUACGGGAGCCAUUGGUGUAUAGAGGGAAGGAAAAUGUAGAGGCACGGCGAGAGGUACUGAAGUGUGUUGCCAGUCCGGUCCGGCCCGUUCCUGAUCCCCGUGUAAGGCCAGUGGUGUGUGUUCCCAGUACGGUCCGGCCUGUUCCUGUCCAUCGCGCCAAGCCUAUGGUGCGUGUCGCCAGCCCGGCCUGUUCCUGCCCCUCGCACCAAGCCUAUGGUGCGCGUCGCCAGCCCGGCCCGGCCUGUUCCUGCUCCCCGCACCAAGCCAAUGGUGCGCGUCGCCAGCCUGGUCCGGCCUGUUCCUGCUCCCCGCACCAAACCUGUGGUGCGCAUCGCCAGCCCGUGCCCGUUUCACCGGUGCCUGGUCAGGUACCGGUCAGCUGCUCCACACCGGAGCCUGAGCAAUCCGCUCCACCGAAGUCCAGUCCAGCUCCAGCCAGUGGGGCUAGACCAGACCAGGGGCACUACGGGGGGGUUAGUAGAGGGUGGUGGUCAAGCCCGGAGCCGGAACCGCCUCCGAGGAGGAAUGCCCACCCAGCCCUCCCCUGUUCGGUGAUGUUUAGGCGCGGUCGCAGUCCGCGCCUUUAGGGGGGGGUACUGUCACGCCCUGGCUCUAGGGACUCUUUUAAGUUGAGCCAGGGUGUGUAGAGUUUAUGUUUUGUGCUCGUUGUGUCUAGUCUAGUUUUUGUAUAUCUAUGUUGGCCAGAGUGGUUCUCAAUCAGAGGCAACGAGUAUCAGCUGUUGCUGGUUGUCUCUGAUUGGGAACCAUAUUUAGUCAGGUGGUUUUCCCACAGUGUUUGUGGGAUCUACUUUGCUGUUAUUCUGACUGCACUUUUUGACGUGACUGUAAGUUAGCCGUAGUUGGUUAGCUAGCAAGCAAGGGAUAAGAACGUUGCCAGCCGGUAUGGCAAUGGAACAUUUAGAACGAACGACCAGACGGCUUGGGUAGCAACCCUAGAUUUGUUUGGGUAGCAACCCUAGAUUUGUGUCGAGACUAUAUCUUGUGGAAGGAUGAAAUAGUAUGAAUAAAUUCAUCAAAAUAAUGUUUUUCAUGAAAAUAUGCCAAUCAUUAUUUGAAUAUGUUGGUAACCCGUUGUAUAAAAGUGAUAAUACCCUCUGAAGCUGGUGUUUGGAGGAUAUACACCCGUGCCAAUAUAUCCUCCAAACACUGGUUCUCGGGCAUUAUCACUUAAGUAGAUAAUACAUAAUGUAGUAGAUAAUUCAUAAUGUAGUAGAUAAUACACAAUGUACAACAUUAGAUGCAGAACAACAAACACAAUCAUUUAUUCAUGGCAUGAGAAAUUCUUUCCUGAGAUGACUUUCCAAUGCAAGGUAGUAAGUCAAAGGUCUGAGUGGAUAACUCUUUGUUUCUCUCCUCACUCAUUGUUUCUCUUACAGCUGGUGGCGUCCAUUGUGUUCAUCAGUUUUGGUGUGGUGGCUGCAUUCUGCUGUGCCAUUGUGGAUGGGGUGUUUGCAGCAAGACACAUAGUGAGUAGCAGUACCAAGCAGAGCCAAUAAGCUCUAAUGGACAGAUACCAUGCUGUCAUAUGGAAUAUCAAUGUUUUGGUGUUAUUACACAGUAACCACACUAGUAACUGAUUUCAUAUAUCAUCUGACCAUUGCCACUUAUUUUCAAUUAUAUCAUUGUUUUUGUACCUUUUCUAUAUUUUCCAUGAUAAAUUAUUAAUUACAUACUGGUUACUAACGUAUAGAGUAACUAUAUGACAUAAGUGAAUUUGAAACUUGUGUUGUUGCAGUGUAUUCUGCUGGUGUGGUUGAUGCUGUUGUUUCUUCUCUAGUGAUGUGUAAAACCUAAACAGUAGGAUGAAAUGUUUGUAUGUUUUGUUACGCCCCAGGACCUUAGACCUUACUAUGCCGGCCGCUGUGAUUUCUACGCCAAUUCAAAAUCCUCUGUGGAUUAUGAGGACGUGAGUGCACACUUAUUUCCUGUUGACUGUUCCUGUCCUCAUUGUUGAAAGGUUGCCUUAAAGUUGUUUAUAUGUUGCCUUAAAGUUAAAAAGUUGCCUUAAAGUUGUUUAAACAUUGCCUUAGAGUUGAAAAUCCAUCAGUUUCCCAAUAUAGAGAGCAUGAUCCAUAUGCGUUACUAUGUGAUAACAGUGACUACUUGUGUGAAAUCUAGGUUCACUGCCAGACAGCGUCCCGCGCAACCUGUAGCCUACGUGUGAAGUCCAAUACCUGCUACUGCUGUGACCUCUACAACUGUGGCAAGUGAGUUUUCCAAGCCUCUUUCACAAACUACCUGAGGGGCAGCUAAACUCAGCUCAAUUUGAUUGUUUUCUUAGUUUGAUUAUUUCCUUGUUUGCCUCAGAUUAAGGUCAUCACUGUUGGAAAAAUGUAAUUGUAAAAACUUUUUUGGACUUAUGUUUCAGAGAACAUCCUCUUUUGGGACAUGCGAAUAAAGAUGUUUUGAAAAAGUUUAGGAAAACGUCCAUGAUUUGGAAGUAGGUCCCUUUCUUUUAGCCUCUUGAGAAUCAUUAACAACCCAUUUUCUGUUGUUGUGGUUGAUUUUAACAGUAGCUGUAUAGUCUUCCUGCUUGGAACACACCAUGGGAAUGAGUGGGUGCCCUCUCCUCACUCCUGCAUGAAGACCAGUCCUCCUACCUGUCCCCUAGCGCUUACUCUCUAGUAGUUGUAGCUAGUUCCUCCAUUGCAACUCAAUUUGACAGCCAAAGGCCAACUUAUUUUCAUGUAUUUAUAUUCUGUUGUCAUUUUAUAUCGAAGAGUUUACACAAUGAAUGUGGUACAAAAAAAAAAACUUCUUGUGUCUCAAGAAGGUGUUUCUUACUUACUUCUGUAUGUCUUAACUCUUUGUCCUUCCUGAUCUUGUCCACCCACCUCUCCCACACACUGGCCCAGCCGUGUGGAGCUGAUAGGGGGCUACCACGAGUACACGGAGGUGGGGAGCUGCGAGGACGUGGUACACCUCUACCACCUGCUGUGGUCCGUCACCAUCCUCAACAUCGUCGCUCUCUUCCUGGGCAUCAUCACCGCCGCCGUGCUAGGAGGCUUCAAGGACAUGGUGAGACAAGCAGCAGGCCACAUCUGGGUUGUGUUCAUUAGGCCACAUCCUAGCAUUACGUUUUAAAGCAAGCAAGCGGUUCUUAUUGGACAAGUACAGGUAUUCCCUCCUGUUUCAGUCCGCUUUCUUCCAUUUGGUGCCUAAUGAAUACGACCCUGGGACGUAUAUAGUGUACUUAGUUAUGUCAAAUUGUUUGAAAUACUUGAGCUGCGCUUGAUUGAGUUUAACUUGGUACAGUGGAAGCAAUGGAAUAGUCCCAAACAUGCAAACCUUAAGCUAAAUCAAUUUAAAUGUAUUUAUUGGACUUAUUUGACCCAGAGAUGGAGGAGCAGACAUGGUAUAAGAUACUGACCCAGAGAUGGAGGAGCAGACAUGGUAUAAGAUAUUGACCCAGUAGGCAGAAACUAACAAUUCUUAAAAAGUUGGCCAACCAUUCUUAAAAGGUUGAAAGAUGUUAAUUAGUCAUUUUAGGCAUUUGAUUUACUUAGGGUUUGCUCAAGAUGAAAACGUAGCACCUUGGCCCUUAGUGUGGCCCUUAGUGUCGCCCUUCGUCAAUCAUUGGUGCGUGUGUGUGUGUGUGAGAGAGAGUGUGUGGGCACACCACUCAUUGUAUCUGUAUGUGUUUUGGUCAGACGCCCAUGCUGACCACUGACUCGUGUGAGUCAGAGCCCCUCCCAGCAGCCCCUGUCCCCACAGAGCUUCCAGCUCCCAGCACCUCCUCCUUCAACUGCUACUACAACACUGCCCCCUACCUGCCACCCUACACUGCCUAUGACCUGCAGGUAAUAAGCUACUAAUACCCAUCAUUCAUUAUCCCCCACAAAGCCACAACUAACAGGAAUAAUGCAUUAGGACGGAAGACUAACUUAAACUAUGUGUGGGUAACUCCAACUCUUGAGGAGAUCACGCGUUUAUGUCAAUGGUGAAUAUGCACGAAAAUUCGAGUUACACUGUUGGAUUUGAAGUUAUGAUUUUGUCCUCACUGCUUGACCAUAGGAUGAGUACUGUAGAAACCCCGGCUCAUCUUCCCCCUCCUGUCUCUUCAGGGCUCCAGCAUGAUGUUCCCUGACUCUUCUGGCCUGUCUGAUGAGUCCCAGUCGGGGGCCAGCCACAUGUGGCCCACCCUGGUCCCCCCGUGCUACUCUCCACCUUACUGCCCCCCCGACGAGAAGCCCCCGCCAUACAGCCCCUAGGAGAGAGGCUGGACCUGGGAAAGAACAGGGGAGGGCAUCCGGUAUCGUCUCCACUUUUGCCAGCUACAUUGGCAACAAAGGGCAAUGGGCAUUGAUGGGUGUUAGUGGACCUUGAAUAUUAACCUGUUUGAAUGCGAGCUGCUGCUGCAUCUAGCGCUCCAAACUGUUCCUGAGCAGCCAAGCCUGCCUGAGCUGUGUGGAAUAUAAAGAUACAAGGAGUUAGUGGAAGAAAGAAAGAGCAUGAGUCACUGAUGUGACUAGAAGCCAGUGCUGUGAGGUAUAAUUCAUCCCCCAAUAAGUAUAGCCUGUUAGGAUUCAGCCCGACCUGGAUGGAGCGGGGGAUAUUGCAAGACCCUGCUUGGCCUACACACCCUUUGCUCAGCAGACUCUCUCAGUUGGUGCCAGUUUGCUCCCUACUUCUUCCCCUUGGUCCUAACUCUGCCAUGUUUUGCAUUUCUGAGGGAUCUGGAUAACUAUAAGCAGUGUAGU